UCAUUUGAUGUCUGAUGAUUCCAACACCAUACAGGAAUAUGUCAGCGCCAAUUAUUUAUCGAACUGAACUCGGUGAAUCAUGGAUGAGAGAAUCUCUCAGAACAACUCACUAGUUCGAGUUGUAAAUUCACGGGAAUUCCUUUGCUUGAACUUUUUCAUCGCUUUUCUUCUGCUUUGUGGGCAUCCUAACAGGAGUUGAUCGUUUGGUUCAAUGGGUUCAAUCUAUGAUAAGGUUCAUUAUUGUUGCGUAUGGAAGGGAAAUCGGAUUCUGUAUGCAUACAAUAGAGGAGAGGAUGAGAUUGAGGCUCUUGCUGCCCUGUGUUUGGAGAGGACUCCCCCAUUUCAUAAGUGGUAUUUUGAGACAGUAGGUAGAAGAACUUUUGGUUUUUUGAUAGAAGAUGGAUAUGUUUACUUCACUAUGGUUGACAAAGUUCUCGCAAAUCCUGUUGUACUCCAAUUUUUACAACGAAUGAGAGAUGAGUUCAAGAGGGUAGCUAAAAGCGAUUUCAAAGGUAGCUUUUCGAAUAUGAUUUUAGUUAGCGUGCAAGAAGAAUUUGUGCCUGUUAUCCGCAACUUGAUAAAUUCAUUAGAACAUGUCUCUCAAAGUAUCAAUGAGAGGGAGGCUGAGAGUGAGACUUCCUCACCAAGUGAUGUGAAUGCUGAAAUUGAAGCUGCUAGUUCUACAAAGGCUCCUUUGCUUCGUAAUCUAAGCAAGAAGAAGAAGAAGCAGAAAGAUCAUGUAAUUUCAAUUAGAGAUAUUGAGUUGGAAGAGCAUUGGAAUUCUUCAGAUAGAGUUAAGGUUGAUUCAGAACCAUUGGAUUCUAAUAACCAUCAUGGAGCAAGUUCUUCAAUCUCAUCGCAAAAGGAUUUUGGUUCAGCAAGAAUUAGAUCUGGCGCUCCAAACAUACCAAAGAAAUGGUGCCACCUGUUGCGGAUUUUUCUCGCCAUUGAUGCGGUUGUUUGUUUAGUGAUUGUUGUUAUUUUGCUGUUUGUUUAUCUUGGGGUGCUUUGAAUGCCACUAAUUGCUCCAUAUUAUAUUGAAAGUUCCAUUUUCUUAGUUUUGAGAUGUGCAUUUCCAAAUUAUGUUGAUGUAAUAAAUCUCAGAAAAGAGAGAAAUGCAAGCAGAAAAUCCAUCUGAAGGUGUUGUGCUUUAAAUUUCAUAAUUCAGGAACUUUUCUGUAUUGUCUCUAUUGUCCUACAAGGAUAUUGUAUAGUGACCCUCCUACAAUCGUAGCUCUGUUAAUGUCUUCUAUAGUCUAUACUGAUUCUAGUUACAGACGAUCCUCCUUACCAUAUGUGUUAUAUCCUUUAUGGAAACAUUCAACUAGAAUUAGCACUUUAGAAUAGCUUCGUUCAUUAGCUGAAUAUGGUCUAUUGUGUAUGUUUGCCUUUAUAUCAAUAAUAUCCUUCUCAGCUU